AUGGCUAACUACCCGAGUACACAUAUAGACGCUUAUGAGAUUGAGGUGAUAAGUGAGGCGAGCUCGGAAGAAGAGGCGGAAAAGGAGAACGCGACUUACUCGUUCGACUUGAUCAAGCAGGAAGACUUGUUUAGUAGACUGUGUUCACCCUCGAGCGAGGCACAGGGCUCUUCGCCACUGUACUCUAAUAAGUGCUCUGUCAUCGGCUCCACACUUGGCUCCAUUGUGAACUCCUCAAGACUACACUCCCCCGCCUCCCUCCUUUCCCCCGGCCGUCAGUCUCCUGGUCCCGGUCAGUCCCCCGGAGGUUCUGGUCGUCAGUCCCCCGGAGGUUCUGGUCGUCAGUCCCCCGGAGGUUCUAGUCAGUCCCCCGGACGCUCUAGUCGUCAGUCUCCCGGACGUCAGUCCCCCGGUCGUCAGUCGCCCACAGCGUCAUCGUGUCUAUCACCAGGUCGCUGCGGCCAGGCGGAGGUGGCGCGUCGGCGGCCACCUUCUCGGCGACGGUCACCUUCCCGGCGAAGGUCUCGACGUCGGAUGCCGUUGUCGGAGCCGCGACUGGACAUCGUACGUCAAGUGCUGCCUUCACCGCGCCCGGCUGUGCGUGAGUGUGCGUUCGCGGCCAGCCUCGGGUCGCGCAAUGGCAACCCUCUGGCCGCUGACGCGGUCAACGCCUUCUGCUAUACACCUACCGCCGCCGCUCGAGAAGCUUUCCCCGACUACCGCUUUCUCGCCAAGGCCGUCGGCCUCGGCGCCCGCCGUGCCCUAGGGCCCCACUGGAUCGACCAGAGGACCGGCAGCCAACCCCGAAAUCUUCUGGCCGGUGACCCUCAAGCAAACACUCAAAGAGACGUUCAAAACAUCCGUCGGGGCGACGACCAAAGUGGCGUGGGCGACCAAGGCCAAGGAACUCUUCUGGGUGACCAAGCACAAGGCGGCGCGGGCCAGAGGAGCGGCGUAUUGGUGAGGCCGCCCGCGGUGCCGAUGCUCGCCUACGCGCAGCUGGCAGGUGGCAGUGCUGAGGGACGGGGUCUCACGCGACCGCCGUUGACACUGCCGGGGAUCGAACGCGCGACUCCGGCCAUGCUAGACACCGUGCCGCCGCUGACGCCGCCUGGAGCGGCCGCGUGGCGGCGCGUGCAGCUCACUGACGACCGCCUAGCGUUAAACAUGGCUAUAAUGAACUCCGCAAAGCGGCGGGUACUCAAGAAGAAAGUGCCGGCGGAAACAAACGGUCCCGUCCCGCCGGGCACGACGGAUGCAGUGGGCCCGACGGAGCCAGUGGGCAAGGCGGAGGCAGUGGGUAAGGCGGAGGCAGUGGGCAAGGCGGAGGCAGUGGGCAAGGCGGAGGCAGUGGGUAAGGCGCACGAGGGUAAGGAGCGGGGGAGACGCACGAAGCAGAACACACCGCCGCCGGUGGUCGUGGCCGAGUCGCCUGGUGCAUCGACCCUGGUGCUCUCUUCAUUGAGCUGGAGUAGUUCCGAACGCUUUUUUCGCAAUGAGAUGCUUAAUAUUUGA